UCUUCAAACGGCGCCUCCACAACACUUUUCUCUCUCUAAAAUCAAAAGCUGAAAGCCACCCUGGCUUUCGCCUUUCUCCAGCUGCCGGUGAUCCAGGUGGCCUCCCCUGACAUCUCCUCACCGAGGAAAAACCCUAAAGAGACCCUAAACCCAAAUAAACUCUAUUCCAAGAGGUUGCAAGGAUGAAACCUUCAAAACGAAAGGGAUCUCCAGGGUUUUUUCUUCCUUCCGGUUUCUUUCUCUCCCCUUUUUUAAGUGUAGGCUUGUGGCUUUUAAAGCCGCUCCAGAGGUGGCCCUUUUUGCCACUUCCCGCCGCCAGCUCCAGCACCUUGUGUUUUUGUGUGUACUCUUUGGGUCUUAAGAUUUAAGCAGUUUACGAAUCACCAAGACCAAAUACUAUGAAGUAACAGUUGCCCAAGUUUUGGCUCUUCUGUGUUCGAUCUGUCGUAUAAAACUUUAGGUUCUUAUUGGUUUUGGAAGAUGGAUAUAAUUUCCCAAUUACAAGAACAAGUAAAUGCAAUAGCUGCCCUAGCCUUCAACACUUUCGGGUCGUUGCAAAGAGAUGCUCCACCCGUCAGGCUUUCCCCAAAUUACCCAGAACCCCCUGCUAAUCCCACUGAGGACUCGGCGAAUUUCCCUGACCAACCUAAGCUCAUGAGUGCUGCUCUUGUUAAGGCCGCUAAACAGUUUGAUGCGUUGGUUGCAGCACUUCCAUCUUCCGAAGGAGGUGAAGAAGCUCAACUUAGAAGGAUUGCUGAACUCCAGGCCGAAAAUAAUGCUGUAGGCCAAGAACUUCAGAAGCAGCUGGAGGCUGCAGAGAAGGAAUUGAAACAGGUGCAGGAGCUGUUCAGUCAAGCAACGGAUAAUUGUUUGAACUUGAAGAAACCAGACUGAAGUCACUACCUACUGAAAUCCUCCUUACUUUUUAUUGUCUUUAAAUGUCUUUAAUCCUAAGUACUCAAAGGUUCUAUUGUUCGAGUUUAAAUUUGGACAAGCAUUUUGUUAUCCACCAAGAAGUUUUGGUUUGCCUUGUUGGUUCUGAUUCCUCGUUAGAAUUUAGCUACUCUUUCAUGUUUGUGAAGACAUGCUUGCUGUUUUGUGUAAGCCAUGGUCAGAUUGGCUCUAUCUUUAGUGACUGAAAUUUGGGAGUGGUUUUUCUCAUAA